AUGUGGAUGCUAACGUUACCUGGGAACGGGGCCACGACCCCAGCUCGUCUCUUCAAAUACCAGGCAGAGGCUGCAUCUGCACCCAAAACCAACAAUGCAAGGCAUGUGACUACCCGGGUCUCCCAGCUCAUCCUUCGGGUAGUCUCCCAGUGCAAGCACCGGGGUGGCAUCUCCAUGGUGGACCUCAAGCAUGCCCUGGCUGCUGGUGGCUAUGAUGUCACCAAGAACAAUACCCGUGUGAACUUAGCUGUGAAAGGCCUGGUGAGGAAGGAGACACUGGUGCAGACUACUGGAUUUGGUGCAUCUGGGUCAUUUAAACUCAAGAAACUGACGUAUGAGAAGAGAAUUAAGACAAGAGCCAUGAGAGACCGUGCAGCAGUCGAGAGGGCCAAGCAGAGAGACCGUGCAACAGUCGAGAGGGCCAAGCAGAGAAAAUGA